AUGAGGCGCCCCAACACCACGCGGUUCCCCCGCUCCGGCCGCAGCUGCCCCCGCCCCGCCGGGAUCGCCCCCCGGAGCCCGCAGCGGCCCCCCCGCCAUGACGUCACCGAGGACACCCUGCGCUCCUCCCUCCCACCAAUCCCAGCGCGCGAUCGCUCCCUGAUUUGCAUAACCGCGCCCUCACCCCGCCUGUAUUUUGGUGCCGGCGCUGCCCGGGCGGGACUCGGAGCGGAAGAGGAGCGGGAGGAAGAGAGCUCCAACCUGACUGUCCACCUCAGAAGCCACACCGGGGAGAGGCCGUACAAGUGUGCGGAGUAUGGGAAGAGCUUCAUGACCAAGCACAACCCGAUUGUCCACCGGAGGAGCCACACGGGUGAACGACCCUACAAGUGUGACCAGUGCAAGAAGAGGUUUCUGACCAGCUCUGAUCUCGUGGUGCACCAGCGCUCACACACAGACGAGAGGCCCUUCCAGGGCCCCGACUGCGGGAAGGGCUUCAAAAGCAGGUUCACCAGGAAAUCCUACCUUACUGUCCACCUGAGGAACCACACAGGGGAACGACCCUAUGAGUGUGAUCAGUGUAAGAAGAGGUUUCAGAGCAGUGGUGAGCUCCGCAAGCACCAGUGCAUUCACUCUGAGGAGAGGCCCUACGAGUGCGAUCAGUGCCAGAAGAGGUUCCGGACCAGCUCCGAGCUCCACAGGCACCAGCGGAUCCACACCGGCGAGAGGCCAUUCCGCUGCCCUGAUUGUGGGAAGGGCUUUAGGGGCAGCUCUGCCCUCAUCUUGCACCUGCACAUCCACACUGGGGAGAAGCCCUACGAGUGUGAUCAGUGCAAGAAGAGGUUCCUGAGCAUCUCCACCUUUAGGACCCACACCGGGGAGAGGCCCUACAAGUGUGAUCAGUGCAAGAAGAGGUUCCCGAGCAGUGGGGAUCUCCUCAAGCACCAGCGCAUCCACACCAAGGAGAGGCCGUUCCGCUGUCCUGAUUGUGGGAUGGGUUUCAAGUACAACUCCGCCCUCAUCCUCAUCCACACCGAGGAGAAACCGUUCCGCUGCCGUGACUGCGGGAAGGGCUUCACUCAGAAGAGCACACUCAUCACCCACCGGCGAAUCCACACCGGAGAGAGACCCCACGAGUGUCCCCACUGCCCCGGCCCCGCCGGCAUCGCCGCCCGGAGGCCGCAGCUGCCCCCCCGCCAUGACGUCACCGAGCACACCCUGCGCUCCUCCCUCCCACCAAUCCCAGCGCGCGAUCGCUCCCGGAUUUGCAUAACCACGCCCUCACCCCGCCUAAGCCACACCGGGGAGAGGCCCUACGAGUGUGAUCAGUGCCAGAAGAGCUUUUACACCACGUCUGAUCUCCUCAGUCACCAGCGCAUCCACACGGACGAGAGGCCCUUCCGCUGUCCUCAUUGUGGGGGUGAGAGCUCAGAGCUGGGGGUCCAUGAGCAGCUCCAGGAUGGGGAGAAGAAGCCCCACAAGUGUUUGGAAUGUGGGAAGUGCUUCAUGUUCAGUUCGAAACUGAUCGAGCACUGCAGAAUCCACGCGGGCGAGGGGUUCUACAAGUGUGGGGCGUGUUGGAAGAGCUUCAUGCUGAGUUCCGACUUCGUUGCCCACCUGAGGAGCCAUACUGGGGAGAGGCCCUACAAAUGUGAUCAGUGCAAGAAGAGGUUCCUGCGGAGCUGCCAUCUCCUAAAGCACCAGCGCAUUCACAGUGAGCAGAAGUCGAUCCGCUGCCCUGAUUGUCGGAAGAGUUUCAGUCACAUCUCUGCCCUCAUUUUCCACCGGCACAUCCACAAUGGGGAGAGUCCCUACAAAAGCCACACCGGGGAGAGGCCGUACAAGUGUGCGGAGUAUGGGAAGAGCUUCAUGACCAAGCACAACCUGAUUGUCCACCGGAGGAGCCACAGGGGUGAACGACCCUACAAGUGUGACCAGUGCAAGAAGAGGUUUCGGAGCAGCGGUGAUCUCGUGGUGCACCAGCGCUCACACACGGACGAGAGGCCCUUCCAAAGCCACACCGGGGAGAGGCCCUACGAGUGUGAUCAGUGCCAGAAGAGCUUUUAUACCACGUCUGAACUCCUCAGUCACCAGCGCAUCCACACGGACGAGAGGCCCUUCCGCUGUCCUCAUUGUGGGGUGGGAUUCAGGCACAACUCAGCUCUGGUCAGACACAGGAGGAUCCACACCGGGGAGAAACCCUACAAGUGUUCCCAAAUCCACACAGGGGAACGACCCUACGAGUGUGGGGAAUGCGGGAAGACCUACAUGUCCAAGUGCCACCUGAUUUACCACCAGACGAGCCACACGGGGGAACGACCCUACCAGUGUGAACAGUGCAAGAAGAGGUUUCGGAGCAGCGGUGAUCUCGUGGGGCACCAGCGCUCACACACAGACGAGAGGCCCUUCCAGUGCCCCGACUGCCGGAAGAGCUUCAAAAGCGUCUCCCACCUCAACAGGCACCAGCGAAUCCACACCGGGGAGAGGCCCUACGAGUGUGGUCAGUGCCAGAAGAGGUUCCUGAGCAGCACCAAGCUCCUCCGUCACCAGCUCAUUCACACCGAGGAGAGGCCGUUCCACUGCCAUGACUGCAGGCAGAGCUUCAGGCACAACUCCAACCUCAUCGUCCACCGGCGCAUCCACACCGGGGAGAGACCCCACGAGUGUCCCCAGUGUGGGAAGAGUUUCACCCUGAGCUGCAAUCUGACUGUCCACCUCAGAAGCCACACCGGGGAGAGGCCCUACGAGUGUGAUCAGUGCAAGAAGGGCUUUUACACCUCGUCUGAUCUCCUCAAGCACCAGCGCAUCCACACGGACGAGAGGCCCUUCCGCUGUCCCGAUUGUGGGGUGGGAUUCAAGCAGAACUCAAGUCUGGUCAGACACAGGAGAGUCCACUCUGCGGACAGACCGUAGAAGUGUCCGCAGUGUGGGAAGAGCUUCUCGCAGAGCUCAGGGCUGGUGUCCCACCAGAAGAUCCACACCAGGGAGAGACUCCACAAGUGUCCCCAGUGUGGGAAGAGCUUCUCUAGGAGAUCCUGCCUGAUGCAGCAUUGCAGAAUCCACACCGGGGAGCGACCCUACGAGUGUGACCAAUGCCGGAAGAGGUUUCGGAGCAGCUCUGAACUCGUGGGGCACCAGCGCUCACACACGGACGAGAGGCCCUUCGAGUGCCCCGAUUGCGGGAAGCGCUUCAAAAGCGUAUCCCACCUCAACAGGCACCAGCGAAUCCACACAGGGGAGAGGCCCUACGAGUGUGAUCAGUGCCAGAAGAGGUUCCUGAGCAGCACCAAGCUCCUCCGUCACCAGCUCAUUCACACCGGGGAGAGGCCGUUCCACUGCCGUGAGUGCGGGCAGAGCUUCAAGCGCAACUCCCACCUCAUAAGGCACCGGCGCAUCCACAUCGGGGAGAGGCCCUAUGAGUGUCCCCAGUGUGCGAAGAGCUUCACCCAGAGCUCCCAUCUGACUGUCCACCUCAGAAGCCACACCGGGGAGAGGCCCUACGAGUGUGAUCAGUGCCAGAAGGGCUUUUACACCUCGUCUCAACGCCUCGUGCACCAGCGCAUCCACACGGACGAGAGCCCCUUCCGCUGUCCCGAUUGUGGGGUGGGAUUCAAGCACAAUUCAGCUCUGGUCACACACAGGAGGAUCCACACCGGGGAGAAACCCUACAAGUGCUCCCAGUGUGGGAAGAGCUUCAAGCGGAGAUGUGACCUGUUGCGGCAUUGCAGAAUCCACACGGGGGAACGACCCUACGAGUGUGAUGUGUGCAAGAAGAGGUUCCUGAGCAGCUCCCAUCUGCUCCGUCACCAGCGGAUUCACACUGAGGAGCGGCCGUUCCGCUGUCCUGAUUGUGGGAAGGGAUUCAGGGAAAAUUCCAAUCUCACCACCCACCGGCGCAUUCACAGUGGGGAGAGACCAUAUGAGUGUGAUCAGUGCAAGAAGAGGUUUCAGAGCAGCGGUGAACUUCGCAAGCACCAGCGCAUCCACACGGGGGAGAGGCCCUACGAUUGUCCCCAGUGUGGCAAGAGCUUCACCCAUAGCUCCAGCUUGACUUUCCACCUGAGGAGGCACACGGGGGAGAAGCCCUACGAGUGUGAUGAAUGCCAUCAAAGGUUUUACACAAACUCCAGUCUUGUCAGUCACCAGCGCACUCACACCGUCGAGCGGCCAUUUUGCUGUCCUGAUUGUGGAAAGGGAUUCAGGCAAAGGUCCAGCCUCGCCAUCCACCAGCGAAUCCACACUGGGGAGAGGCCGUACGAGUGUGACCAGUGCCAGAAGAGGUUUCGGAGCAGCGGUGAUCUCGUGGGGCACCAGCGCUCACACACAGACGAGAGGCCCUUCCAGUGCCCCGACUGCGGGAAGAGCUUCAAAAGCGUCUCCAACCUCAACAGGCACCGGCGCAUCCAUUCCGGGGAGAGGCCCUACGAGUGCGGUCAGUGCCAGAAGAGGUUCCUGACCAGUUCCGAGCUCCUCAGCCACCAGCUCAUUCACACCAAGGAGAAGCCGUUCCACUGCCGUGAGUGUGGGAAGGGAUUCAGGCGCAACUUUGCUCUCAUCGUCCACCGGCGCAUCCACACCGGGGAGAGACCCCACGAGUGUCCCCAGUGUGGGAAGAGCUUCAGAGACAGGUCCCAUCUGACUGUCCACCUGAGGAGCCACGCUGGGGAGAGGCCCUAUGACUGUCCCCAGUGUGGGAAGAGUUUCACCCAGAGCUCCCAUCUGACUGUCCACAUCAGAAGCCACACCAGGGAGAGGCCCUACAAGUGUGAUCAGUGCCAGAAGGGCUUUUACACCUCGUCUGAUCUCCUCGUGCACCAGCGCAUCCACACGGACGAGAGGCCCUUCCGCUGUCCCGAAUGUGGGGUGGGAUUCAAGCACAACUCAGCUCUGGUCAGACACAGGAGGAUCCACACUGGGGAGAGACCCCACAAGUGUUCCCAGUGUGGGAAGAGAUUUUCUCAAAGCUCAGAGCUGGGGCUCCAUGAGCAGCUCCAGGGUGGGCAGGAGAAGCCCCACAAGUGCUCCGAGUGUGGGAAGAGCUUCAAGCGGAGAUGCGACCUGAUACAGCAUUGCAGAAUCCACACGGGGGAACGACCCUACGAGUGUGAUGUGUGCAAGAAGAGGUUCCUGAGCAGCUCCCAUCUGCUCCAUCACCAGCGGAUUCACACCGGGGAGAGGCGCUACGAGUGUGGUCAGUGCCAGAAGAGGUUCCUGAGCAGCUCCCAUCUCCUCCGUCACCAGCUCAUUCACACCGAGGAGAGGCCGUUCCACUGCCGUGACUGCGGGCAGCGCUUCAGGCACAACUCCCACCUCAUCGUCCACCGGCGCAUCCACACCGGGGAGAGGCCACACGAGUGUGCCCAGUGUGGGAAGGGGUUCACAGAGAGCUCCACCCUGACUGUGCACCUGAGAACCCACACUGGGGAGAGGCCCUAUAAGUGUCCCCAGUGUGGGAAGAGUUUCACCCACAGCUCCAGCCUGACUGUCCACCUCAGAAGCCACACAGGGGAGAGGCCCUACGAGUGUGAUCAGUGCCAGAAGGGCUUUUACACCUCGUAUGAUCUCCUCGUGCACCAGCGCAUCCACACGGACGAGAAGCCCUUCAACUGUCCUGAUUGUGGGCAGGGAUUCAAGAAGAAGUCAACCCUCGUCAAACACAGGAGGAUCCACAGCGGAGAGAGACCCUACAAAUGUUCCCAGUGUGGGAAGAGGUUCAUAGACAGCUCCAGCCUGACUGUCCACCGGAUGAUCCACACUGGGGAGAGGCCCUACGAGUGUGAUCAGUGCCAGAAGGGCUUUUACACCUCGUCUGAUCUCCUCAAGCACCAGCGCAUCCACACGGACGAGAGGCCCUUCCGCUGUCCCGAAUGUGGGGUGGGAUUCAAGCGCAACUCAAAUCUGGUCACACACAGGAGGAUCCACACUGGGGAGAGACCCCACAAGUGUCCCCAGUGUGGGGAGGGAUUCACCUCGAGCUCCAACCUGACUGUCCACCUGAGGAGCCACACCGGGGAGAGGCCCUAUGAGUGUCCCCAGUGUGGGAAGAGCUUCACCCAGAGCUGCAAUCUGACUGUCCACCUCAGAAGCCACACCGGGGAGAGGCCGUACGAGUGUGGGGAAUGUGGGAAGAGUUUCAUGAUCAAUUCCGAGCUCCUCAGCCACCAGCGCAUUCACACCGAGGAGAGGCCGUUCCACUGCCCUGAGUGUGGGAAGGGAUUCAGACGCAACUCUGCCCUCAUCGUCCACCGGCGCAUCCACACCGGGGAGAGACCACAUGAGUGUCCCCAGUGUGGGAAGAGCUUCAGAGACAGAUCCAACCUGACUCAGAACUCAGAUCUGGUCACACACAGGAGGAUCCACACCGGGGAGAGACCCCACAAGUGUCCCCAGUGUGGGAAGAGCUUUUCUCGAUUUUCCCACUUGACCAGACACCACAGAAUCCACGCGGGCGAGAGGCCCUACAAGUGUGGGGUGUGUGGGAAGAACUUCAUGCUGAGUUCCGACCUGGUUGCCCACCUGAGGAGCCAUACUGGCGAGAAGCCAUACAAAUGUGAUCAGUGCAAGAAGAGUUUCAAGCACAACUCUGCCCUCAUCUUCCACCGGCACAUCCACACCGGGGAGAGGCCCUACAAGUGUGAUCAGUGCCAGAAGAGGUUUCAGAGCAGCUCCCGGCUCCUCAGUCACCAGCGCAUUCACACCAAGGAGCGGCCGUUCCACUGUCCUGAUUGUGGGAAGGGAUUCAAGCACGACUCCGCCCUUGUCAUCCACCGGCUCAUUCACACCGGGGAGAGGCCCUAUGCGUGUGAUUGCUGCAAAAAGAAGUUUUACAGAAUGUCCAAUCUCCACAAGCACCAGCGCAUGCACACGGACGAGAGGCCCUUCCAAUGCCCCGACUGCAAGAAGGGAUUCAAGCGCAGCUGUGCCCUGAUCAUCCACCGGCGCAUACACACGGGGGAGAGGCCCUACAAGUGUGAUCAGUGCCAGAAGAGGUUUCAGAGCAGCUCCCAGCUCCUCAGACACAAGCGCAUUCACACUGAGGACAGGCCGUUCCACUGCCUUCAUUGUGGGAAGGGAUUCAAGCACAAGUCUACCCUUGUCAUCCACCGGCGCAUCCACACCGGGGAGAGACCGUACCAGUGUCCCCAGUGUGGGAGGUGCUUCACCACAAGCAGCAGCAUGACCAGACAUCUACAGAGCCAGCAAAUCCACACAGGGGAACGACCCUACGAGUGUGGGGAAUGCGGGAAGACCUACAUGUCCAAGUGCCACCUGAUUUACCACCAGAGGAGCCACACGGGGGAACGACCCUACCAGUGUGAACAGUGCCAGAAGAGGUUUCGGAGCAGCGGUGAUCUCGUGGUGCACCAGCGCUCACACACAGACGAGAGGCCCUUCCAGUGCCCCGACUGUGGGAAGAGCUUCAAAAGCGUCUCCGACCUCAACAGGCACCGGAUGAUCCACACUGGGGAGAGGCCCUACGAGUGUGGUCAGUGCCAGAAGAGGUUCCUGAGCAUCUCCCAUCUGCGCCGUCACCAGCUCAUCCACACCGAGGAGAAGCCGUUCCACUGCCGUGAGUGCGGGCAGAGCUUCAGGCGCAACUCCAACCUCAUCGUCCACCGGCGCAUCCACACCGGGGAGAGAUCCCACAAGUGUCCCCAGUGUGGGAAGAGUUUCACCCUGAGCUGCAAUCUGACUGUCCACCUCAGAAGCCACACCGGGGAGAGGCCCUACGAGUGUGAUCAGUGCAAGAAGGGCUUUUACACCUCGUCUGAACUCCUCGUGCACCAGCGCAUCCACACGGACGAGAGGCCCUUCCGCUGUCCUGAUUGUGGGGUGGGAUUCAAGCGCAACUCAACUCUGGUCACACACAGGAGGAUCCACACUAGGGAGAGACCCCACAAGUGUCCCCAGUGUGGGAAGAGCUUUUCUCGAUUUUCCCACUUGACCAGACACCAGAAGAGCCUCUGCACCCCUCGCCAUGACGUCACCGAGCACAGCCCGCGCUCCUCCCCCCCACCAAUCCCAGCGCGCGAUCGCUCAGGGAUUUGCAUAACCACGCCCUCGCUCCCCGCCUGCUUUUGGGUGCCGGCGCUGCCCGGGCCGAACUCGAGCGGAGGAGGAGCGGGAGGAAGAGGAGGGGGGGAAAGAAGUAGCAGGAAGAGAAGGGACAAAGGAAAAGGAGGGACAAAGGAAGAGGAGGGACAACGGAACAGGAACACCUGGAGGAAGAGGCGCCCCAACACCACGCGGUUUCCCCGCUCGGGCCGCAGCUGCCCUGGCCCCGCCGGCAUCGCCCCCCGGAGCCAGCAGGAGCAGCUCCAGGGUGGGCAGGAGAAGGCUCACAAGUGCUCCGAGUGUGGGAAGAGCUUCAGGUGGAGAUCCUGGCUGAUGAAACAUUGCAGGAUCCACACCAGGGAGCGACCCUACAAGUGUGAUAAGUGCCAGAAGAGGUUUCGAAGCAGUUCUGAUCUCGUACAGCACCAGCGCUCACACACAGAUGAGAGGCCCUUCCAGUGUCCCGACUGCGGGAAGGGCUUCAAAAGCGUCUCCCACCUCAACAGGCACCGGCGCAUCCACACCGGGGAGAGGCCCUACGAGUGUGGUCAGUGCCAGAUGAGGUUACUGAGCAGCUCCCAUCUCCUCCGUCACCAGCUCAUUCACACCGUGGAGAGGCCGUUCCACUGCCGUGAGUGUGGGAAGGGAUUCAGACAGAACUCCAACCUCAUCGUCCACCGGCGCAUCCACACCGGGGAGAGACCCCACGAGUGUCCCCAGUGUGGGAAGAGUUUCACCAAGAGCUCCCACCUGACUGUCCACCUAAGAAGCCACACUGGCGAGAGGCCCUAUGAGUGUGAUCAGUGCCAGAAGGGCUUUUACACCUCGUCUGAACUCCUCAGUCACCAGCGCAUCCACACGGACGAGAGGCCCUUCCGCUGUCCCGAAUGUGGGGUGGGAUUCAAGCGCAACUCAGCUCUGGUCACACACAGGAGGAUCCACACCGGGGAGAGACCCCACAAGUGCUCGGAGUGUGGGAAGUGCUUCAAGAGUAGAUCCAACCUGACUGUCCACCUGAGGAGCCACACGGGGGAACGACCCUACGAGUGUGAUCAGUGCCAGAACAGCUUUUACACCUCAUCUGAUCUCCUCGUUCACCAGCGCAUCCACACGGACGAGAGGCCCUUCCGCUGUCCCGAAUGUGGGGUGGGAUUCAAGCACAACUCAACUCUGGUCAGACACAGGAGGAUCCACACCGGGGAGAGACCCUACAAGUGUCCCCAGUGUGGGAAGAGAUUUUCUCAAAGAUCCGAGCUGGGGCUCCAUGAGCAGCUCCAGGGUCGGGAGGAGAAGCCCCACAAGUGCUCCGAGUGUGGGAGCAGCUUCAGGAGGAGAUCCAACCUGAAUGCCCACCUGAGGAGGCACACGGGGGAGAAGCCCUACGAGUGUGAUGAAUGCCAUCAGAGGUUUUACGCCAAUUCCCAUCUCGUCCGUCACCAGCGCAUUCACACCGACGAGCGGCCAUUUUGCUGUCCUGAUUGUGGAAAGGGAUUCCGGCAAAGGUCCGACCUCGUCAUCCACCAGCGAAUCCACACUGGGGAGAGGCCCUAUGAGUGUGGGGAGUGUGGGAGGAGCUUCAGAGAGAGCUCCAGCCUGACUGUCCACCUGAGGAGCCACACCGGGGAGAGGCCCUACGAGUGUGAUCAGUGCCAGAAGAGGUUCCUGACCAGCUCCGAGCUCCUCCGUCACCAGCUCAUUCACACCGAGGAGAAGCCGUUCCACUGCCGUGAGUGUGGGAGGGGAUUCAGGGACAACUCUGCCCUCAUCAGGCACCGGUGCAUCCACACUGGGGAGCGGCCCUACGAGUGUCCCCAAUGUGGGAAGGGCUUCAGAGAGAGCUCCAGCCUGACUGUGCACCUGAGGAGCCACACUGGGGAGAGGCCCUAUGAGUGUGAUCAGUGCCAGAUGAGGUUCCUGAGCAGCUCCCAUCUCCGCAGUCACCAGCUCAUUCACACCGAGGUGAGGCCGUUCCACUGCCGUGAGUGCGGGCAGGGUUUCAGACGCAACUCCAACCUCAUCACCCACCGGCGCAUCCACACUGGGGACAGAACCCACGAAUGUCCCCAGUGUGGGAAGGGAUUCAGAGAGACCUCCCACCUGACUGUGCACCUGAGGAGCCACACCGGGGAGAGGCCCUACGAGUGUGAUCAGUGCCAGAAGAGCUUUUACACCUCGUCUGUUCUCCUCAAGCACCAGCGCAUCCACACGGACGAGAGGCCCUUCCGCUGUCCCGAUUGUGGGGUGGGAUUCAAGCACAACUCACAUCUGGUCACACACAGGAGGAUCCACACCGGGGAGAGACCCUAUGAGUGUCCCCAGUGUGGGAAGAGCUUCACCCAGAGCUCCAACCUGACUGUCCACCUGAGGAGCCACACCGGGGAGAGGCCCUACGAGUGUGAUCAGUGCCAGAAGAGCUUUUACACCUCGUCUGUUCUCCUCAAGCACCAGCGCAUCCACACGGACGAGAGGCCCUUCCGCUGUCCCGAUUGUGGGGUGGGAUUCAAGCACAACUCAACUCUGGUCAGACACAGGAGGGUCCACACUGGGGAGAAGCCCCACAAGUGCUCCGAGUGUGGGAAGAGCUUCAGGUGGAGAUCCAACCUGACUGUCCACCUGAGGAGCCACACGGGGCAGAGGCCCUACGAGUGUGAUCAGUGCCAGAAGAGGUUUGUGACCAGCUCUGAUCUCCUGGUGCACCAGCGCUCACACACAGACGAGAGGCCCUUCCAGUGCCCCGACUGCGGGAAGCGCUUCAAAAGCGUCUCCGACCUCAAGAGGCACCGGCGCAUCCACUCCGGGGAGAGGCCCUACGAGUGUGGUCAGUGCCAGAUGAGGUUCCUUAGCAGCUCCAAGCUCCUCCGUCACCAGCUCAUCCACACCGGGGAGAGGCCGUUCCAGUGCUGUGACUGUGGACAGAGUUUUAGACGCAACUCCCACCUCAACAGUCACCGGCGCAUCCACACCGGGGAGAGGCCCUAUGAAUGUCCCCAGUGUGGGAAGAGUUUCAACCAGAGCUCCCAUCUGACUGGUCACCUCAGAAGCCACACCGGAGAGAGGCCCUACGAGUGUGAUCAGUGCAAGAAGGGCUUUUACACCUCGUCUGAUCUCCUCAAGCACCAGCGCAUCCACACGGACGAGAGGCCCUUCCGCUCUCCUGAUUGUGGGGUGGGAUUCAGGCAGAAUUCAAGUCUGGUCAGACACAGGAGGGUCCAUAGUGGGGAAAGACCCUACAAGUGUUCCCAGUGUGGGAAGAGCUUCUCGCAGAGCUCAGAGCUGGUGUCCCACCAGAAGAUCCACACCAGGGAGAGACUCCACAUGUGUCCCCAGUGUGGGAAGAGCUUCUCUAAAACCUCUACCUUGACCAGACACCAGAAGAGCCAGCACUGAGGUCAGCCCUGGGAGAAGCCCCACAGGUGCUCCGAGUGUGGGAAGAGCUUCAGGUGGAGAUCCAACCUGACUGUCCACCAGAGGAGCCACACGGGGCAGAGGCCCUACGAGUGUGAUCAGUGCCAGAAGAGGUUUGUGACCAGCUCUGAUCUCCUGGUGCACCAGCGCUCACACACAGACGAGAGGCCCUUCCAGUGCCCCGACUGCGGGAAGGGCUACAAAAGCGUCUCCCACCUCAACAGGCACCGCCGCAUCCACACCGGGGAGAGGCCCUACGAGUGUGGUCAGUGCCAGAAGAGGUUUCAGAGCAGCUCCCAUCUCCUCAGCCACCAGCUCAUUCACACCGAGGAGAAGCCGUUCCACUGCCGUGAGCAUGGGAAGGGAUUCAGGCACAACUCCAAACUCAUCGUCCACCGGCGCAUCCACACCGGGGAGAGACCCCACGAGUGUCCCCAGUGUGGGAAGAUUUUCACCCACAGCUCCAGCCUGACUGUCCACCUGAGAAGCCACACUGGGGAGAGGCCCUACGAGUGUGAUCAGUGCCAGAAGGGCUUUUACACCUCGUCUGAUCUCCUCAACCACCAGCGCAUCCACACGGACGAGAGGCCCUUCCGCUGUCCCGAUUGUGGGGUGGGAUUCAAGCUGAACACAAAUCUGGUCACACACAGGAGUAUCCACACCGGGGAGAGAUCCCACAAGUGUUCCCAGUGUGGGAAGAGCUUUUCUCGAAUUUCCCGCUUGACCAGACACCUACAGAGCCAGCACUGA